GUCCAUAUCGAUCACCAAUACUUAACAUGGACAGCUGUUAUCAUCUCAUGCUGGCCUUAGCAUGUUUCCUGCUGGUGACCGUCGCUAAUGGAAGAAGCAUGUACAAGUUCAAUCAUAAAAACAUAAAUAUACGUACACAAGGAACGUACUCAGAAAAGCCAGCGGCGGCCUUUCUAGACGGUAUUUCAGAGAAAAACUAUCGAUUGGACGAAUAUGAAACAUCGGACGCUAAUUUAUUCGAAGAUGAAGCAACUGAAAAUCCCACCUCGGAUAAAGGCUUCUUCAACGAAGAUGAAGAAACAACUGAAAAUCCCACCUCGGAUAAAGGCUUCUUCAACGAAGAUGGAGAAACAACUGAAAAUCCCACCUCGGAUAAAGGCUUCUUCAACGAAGAUGGAGAAACAACUGAAAAUCCCACCUCGGAUAAAGGCUUCUUCAACGAAGAUGGAGAAACAACUGAAAAUCCCACCUCGGAUAAAGGCUUCUUCAACGAAGAUGGAGAAACAACUGAAGAUCCCACCUCGGAUAAAGGCUUCUUCAACGAAGAUGAAGAAACAACUGAAAAUCCCACCUCGGAUAAAGGCUUCUUCAACGAAGAUGGAGAAACAACUGAAAAUCCCACCUCGGAUAAAGGCUUCUUCAACGAAGAUGAAGAAACAACAGAAAAUCCCAACCUCGGAUAAAGGCUUCUUCAACGAAGAUGAAGAAACAACUGAAAAUCCCACCUCGGAUAAAGGCUUCUUCAACGAAGAUGGAGAAACGACAGAAAAUCCAACCUCGGAUAAUGCGUUAUACAACAAUUAAUAGAAAAAAUAAAUGUCAUCCCUAUUGA